CCUACCACCACCGCACCCAACCAACACACCCGCCAACUCUCGCGUCUCACAACCAUCACCACCUGCCUUGCCUUCUCCGCUGCCUAAACGUUUAGGUUGACAGCCCCGCCCGAUUCGCACUACGUUAUUAUUCUAUGUGAAGGAAGGCCAUUAGUAGGCGAACAGGUUUGUCUUCGAAGUUCGCUCUCGAUCCGGUCGGCCAAUCGGGAACUUCACUUUCCUGAUAAUCGCACCCAUCUACCGCACACUUAGAUUCACGUGUAGUCCGUGCUGGGCCUUUCUGUUACCGAUGUUCUUACACGCAGUACCCUGGAUGUUAGGCGCUAUAUACUCUUUAUGUAGCUCUUCGCGGUUCAUUCAUUCUGAUCCUCGCUAAGUCCUGAAGUACGUUAAGGCAUUUCCAAGAGACCGUAGCUAGGCGGAACAGCGUUAGGUGGAGACUCCUCUUGCAGGACAGCUGCCUCAUUUUCUGAAUUCGCAGCCACCUAAAGCUGUUGGCAUCAUUUGCCGACGAAUCCAACAGUACUUAACGGUGGUAGCAGGCGGUGGAAGCAGGCGGUGGAAGCAGGCGGUGGAAGCAGGCGGUGGAAGCAGGCGGUGGUAGCAGGCGGUGGUAGCAGGCGGUGGAAGCAGGCGGUGGAAGCAGGCGGUGGUAGCAGGCGGUGGUAGCAGGCGGUGGAAGCAGGCGGUGGUAGCAGGCGGUGGUAGCAGGCGGUGGUAGCAGGCGGUGGUAGCAGGCGGUGGUAGCAGGCGGUGGUAGCAGGCGGUGGUAGCAGGCGGUGGUAGCAGGCGGUGGUAGCAGGCGGUGGUAGCAGGCGGUGGUAGUCAGGGUUGGUCCUUCACCCGCAUCGCGCUUGGUCCACCAGCUCUGGGUUGGGUCCCUUGGCGCCUCGCCAUGGGGUGCGCGUGCUCCCAUCCCAGUGCGCUCGACGAGUCUCCGCCCCACAAGCCCGCCGCAGAGAAGCCCCCUCCUCCCCCGCAGCAGCAGAGACCGCCAGCCGCCACUCCGCCUCCCGCCGCCGUCCCCGUGGUCCCCGAGCCCCCUUCCACCAAAGAUCCCCCGCCUCCCGCCAAACCAGCGGCUGCGCCGGCCGUAACAGCAGCGGCGGCGGCGGCGGUAGCCGCAGCGCCAGCGGCGGCGAAGGGCAGCUCGCGGCAGAGCGGGCAAGGGGGGGCGGGGGAGGAGGGGGCGGAGCGAGAGCGACGGAGAGAGCGGGAGAAGGAGAAGGAGCGAGAGCGGCCGGCGGAUGCAGUAGUACCGGCUGCGGCGGCGUCGGUGGCGCGGCAGGUGGCUCGGAGCCUGGAGGGCGAGCAGGUGGCGGCCGGGUGGCCGUCGUGGCUGGCGUCCGUCGCCAGCGAAGCCAUCAAGGGCUGGGUGCCGCGCCGAGCUGAUUCCUUCGAAAAACUCGAUAAGAUCGGGCAGGGCACGUACAGCAACGUGUACAAGGCGCGCGACCUGGAGAGCGGGCGGCUGGUGGCGCUGAAGAAGGUGCGCUUCGACAACCUGGAGCCCGAGAGCGUGCGGUUCAUGGCGCGCGAGAUCGAGGUGCUGCGGCGCCUCGACCACCCGAACGUGAUCAAGCUGGAGGGACUGGUGACGAGCCGCAUGAGCUGCAGCCUCUACCUCGUCUUCGAGUACAUGGAGCACGACCUUGCCGGCCUCGCCGCCUGCCCGGGCAUCUCCUUCACCGAGGCGCAGGUGAAGUGCUACAUGCAGCAGCUGCUGGCGGGGCUGGAGCACUGCCACACGCACGGCGUGCUGCACCGCGACAUCAAGGGCAGCAACCUGCUGCUCGACAACACGGGCAGCCUCAAGAUCGCCGACUUCGGGCUCGCCACCUUCUACCGCCCCGAGCAGAACGUGCCGCUGACGAGCCGCGUGGUGACGCUGUGGUACCGGCCGCCCGAGCUGCUGCUGGGCGCGACGACGUACGGCGUGGGCGUGGACCUGUGGAGCAGCGGCUGCAUCCUCGCCGAGCUGCUCGCCGGCAAACCCAUCAUGCCCGGCCGCACCGAGGUGGAGCAGCUGCACAAGAUAUUCAAGCUGUGCGGGUCGCCCAGCGAGGAGUACUGGCGGCGGUCCAAGCUGCCGCACGCGACCAUCUUCAAGCCCACGCAGCCGUACAAGCGGUCGCUGCGGGACCUCUUCAAGGACUUCCCCGCCACCGCGCUCAACCUGCUCGACGUCCUGCUCUCCAUCGAACCCGCCGAUCGCGGCUCCGCCACCUCGGCACUCGCGCACGAGUUCUUCACAACGAAGCCGUUCCCGUGCGACCCGGCCAGUCUACCUCAGUACCCGCCCAGCAAGGAGUACGACGCCAAGCUCCGCGACGAGGAGGCCCGCAGGCAGAGGGCGGCAGGGGCGCGGGCAGGCAAGGUGCUAGACAGCAGCGCCAGCACCAAGCAGCUGGCGCAGGGGCAGGGCGGGCCGGGCGGGCAGCGCAGCAGCACGUCACAGGCGGUGUCGCAGCAGCAGGCGCAGGCGCAGCAGGCGAGCCAGCAGCGGUCCAGCAGAGCGGUGCCGGCGCCCCAUGCCAAUGCGGAGCUGGUGGAGUCCAUCAACAUGCAGAAGCAGCAGCAGGGCAAGGCGGCGAUCGCCAAGAGCAAGAGUGAGAAGUUCAUCAGCCCGUCGGAGAUGGCGCUGGCAGCGGGCCUGCAGGGGCUGGGGCCGCAGCUGAUGGCGGCGGGCAAGGCCGUCGACACGCCCGACGGGCUCAAGGCGCUCAAGCCCGCCGACGCCGCCGACAAGCUCAGGGGCACCGCGGCGGGCGGCAAGAGCAUGUCCGCCACCACCUCGUGGGUGCAGGGGCCCUCCUACUCCAGCGCCGGGGGCGCUGCCGGGGGGGGCGGAGGGGCGGGGGUCAGUGGGCGCAACGUGAGUGGGGAGGUGGGGAUGGGGGAGAGCAAGGGGGGCGGGUUGGUGCGGACAGGUAGUGGUGGGAGGAGCAAAGGGGGGGCGGGGGGCAUGAACGCCAUGAGCCACGAGCUGUCUGCGGCGGCUGUGGCAGCUGCCGCUGGUGUGGCGGGUGUGGGUGGUGGUGCUGGGUCGGGCACAGGCGGGUCCAAGGACUUUUCCACCAGCUCGUCGCGUGACCUGACCGAAUCAAGAGACGCUGCUCUGAGGAAAGUGCGGGAGAGGGAGAGGGAGCGCGAGAGGGAGAAAGAGGAGAGGGAGAAGAGGGAGCGCGAGAGGGAACGGGAGCGGGAGAAGCGGGAGUCGCGGUCGUCGGAUUUGAGAUUGCACCCGAUGCACAACCAGAUGGUGCAGCAGCUGCACUCGCAGCAGCAGCAACAAGGAGGGCAACAGCAGCACCGGCCCAGCAGCGAGCAUGGCUCUCGUGGCGCUGCUCUCAACAGCAGCAGCACCAAGGGCCGCCUGCCCAAGACGCGGUCAGGGGAGUUGUCGCGACAGCCCGGUAAAUCCGAGGGUAAAUCACGCAACAACUCCAUCAACGACAAGCAGCGCCGUGAGAUUGAGGCUCUCUUUGCGUCGGCCUCCAUCUCAGGCGUUCUGCCAGGGGUUCUGGGGGGAGGGUCGGGGGAGGGGGAGCGGGGGCGGGAUAAGAGUAGGGAGCGGGAGCAGCGGCCAAGCAGCAGCGGGGGGCACGGGGGCGGCGGCAGCGGGCCGAUGCGGCUGUCGAAUCGCAAGGCGGGGGGCAUGUCGCAAGCGGAGAAGAGCAAGGUGGACCAGAAGACGUGGAUGCUCAUGGGCGCUGCAGGCGAGCUGCCCCCGGGUGUGGCGGCCGCGCUGGCGGCAACGCGGGGCGAGGGGCAGAGCCACAGCCUCAAUGCCGUCGCCAGCACCAGCAGCCUGGAGCGGGGGGGAGGGGGAGGUGGAGGGGGAUGGGCGGGGGGAGGGGGAGGAGGAGGGGGCGACGACCGCACGGUGGUGCGCAGCAACAGCAGUGGGGGCGGGGGGCGGGGAGCGGUGGAGGUGAGUCCGCGGGGGCGGCCCGUGUCCACCUUUGCCGUGGAGUUCAGCCCCCGGCGGGGCAGCCCCAGGCGUGCCGGCAGCGGCGGUGGGGGCGGCGGUGGGGGCGGGGGCAUGCGGAGCGCAGCGGCGGAGGGCAGUCCACGGCGGCGAUGGUCGCCCAUGCGGGACGCAGCGUCUCCACGCGCGCGAGUCAAGCGCAGCGUGGUGGGCGUGUCACCCUCCCGAGGGGGGGGCAGCAGCAGCGCAGGGGCGGGUGGGGGGGUGGUGGCGGGUGUGGGGAGUGGAGGGGUAAGUGGCAGUGGCAGUGGGCACCGGAGACGGCCGUCGGGAGGGAGUGCGGGUGGGGGAGGGGGAGGGGUGGAGUCUCAGCAUGGGAGUGGAGAGCCGGGAGUUGUGCGCGCAGCCGUGGGCACAGCCGCGUCAUAGUGCCGCAUCCCGCAUCCCUGGCGGGUCACAGCAGUAGAUUAUUAGGCUCGAGAGUUCCCCUUCUCUCUCCCUGUCUCUCGCCCCUGGCACUUUCUCCCCACGGUGCACGCCUCGCCAACCCCCAUUGGUGGAACAUGUUGACGCGCUGUGAAGCAACACACUGCUGCCUCCCAGUGGACCCAUGCCCCGCACCACGCAGUUGCUCCGUGGGGGAGCUGUAGGCAGGCCAGAACGCCCCCCACGCAUGAUGAGGAUGCGGAUCACCUCACCACCACUUGUUCUAUACAAGCUAGGGGCGCCAGGUGGCAAUAUAGCUGCAAUUAGGGCUUACUCAUGAGUUGCCGCUUCAUUAUUAUUGGUAGGUUUGAGUACUGGGUUGCAAUUCUUUGUUCGUACCUUGUCGCUAACCAUUUUCCAUAUAAAAUAAGGGAUAGCAU